GGCAGUAAUGGGAGGCCAAAAUGGCUGCUGCGUGUACCCGAGUUACGCAUCAGUGUAGAAUAUUACUAAAAACAGUUUCUAAACAAGGGCAAAAUUCUCGGAGACUUGGAACAAGCAGGUUAACAGAAGUAGGGAAACUUGUAUUGCCGAAACCAGAAGCAGCUAAAUAUGUUACUGGAGAGCUGUUUCUUCACAAAGUGUUUGGGUACAGAGGAGUAAUUCUCUUCCCAUGGGAGGCACGGGUGUAUGACAGAGAUGCACAGAGUCAGGAAAGGCCCCCCACUAGUGGUUCAUAUGCCGGACAGGAAGUUAAAAGCAAGACACACUCCUACUACCAAGUAUUGAUCGACAGCCGGGACAGUCCAUAUAUUCGAGCACAAACAGAGGCUGUGACGUUUCUAGGUAACCAAGACAACAGCAGGUCUUUGUAUGCCAUACCAGGGUUAGAUUAUGUAAGCCACGAUGACAUUUUGCCUUAUCACACGACAGAGAAAAAGCCUCUUGUCCACGAACUGUUUGAUCGAUUUCUCGUACCCACAGAGGAGGGCAGUGAGACGCAGUUCACGAUGCGUGACACACUACGAGCGUGGCAAGAUAAGAAUCAUCCGUGGCUAGAGCUGUCCGACGUCCACAAGGAGACGACCGAGAAUAUCCGAGUCACUGUCAUCCCAUUCUACAUGGGUUCCCGAGAAGCUCAGAAUACUCAUGUGUACUGGUGGCGAUAUUGCAUCCGACUGGAGAAUCUGGGCGAUGAAGUCGUACAGCUGAGAGAGCGGCACUGGCGCAUAUUCAGCCUAUCUGGCACGCUGGAGACGGUGCGAGGUCGCGGGGUCAUCGGACAGGAACCACUACUGACAAAACAGCAGUCGGCCUUCCAGUAUAGCAGUCACGUAUCAUUACAAGCGCCAAGUGGUCACAUGUGGGGAACUUUCCGUAUGGAGAGACAGGAUGGUUAUUCCUUUGACUGUAAGAUCCCUCCUUUCUCACUAGAAAGCAAAGAAGAUAGUUCCUCGUCAACACCUACAAACUUUACCUGAGAGUACCAUCUGUUACUUGUAAGAGAGUUUAUGAUACUACCUGUAAGAGGUUUUCUCGGUGCUGCAGCACAAGCUGGGAAUGUUUUAUGCAUAAUUAUUGUAACCUGCGCGCAAAGAAUUUCUUGAAUUCACGAGCAAUAUGAAACUGACUAUAUUUUAACCUUAUCACUGUUAUGUGCUGAUUUCACGUAGACUUAGCUGCAAAGUUAUGUUGCUGUUAAAUGUCGGGGCUAUGAACAUUGUCGAGCAUGUCUUGCGCUCAUGUUUCAUGUGCUAUCUCACAAAGGAUUGCAGGUCUCGGCUGCUAAUGGCUGCUGUGUUUAACACAUCAAAUAGAUUAAGAACAGAUCAUGGUUGUUGCAAUCUGUUUGUGUGUGUAUUUAUGGAAUAAAAAUAUGUAAAUUGUGGCAUUGA